GCAUCUAGUCUUACAAGCAUCGGUAGUACUUGGACACCAUUUCCUUUCUCUAAUAUCACGGGGCCUACUAUCGUCGGAUCAACGGGGAGUCGAGUAUCCACUGGCCCCGGCCCGGUCUCUUUGAAUUCGACACUCAUGCCAACAGGAACAAGGACAAGCUCUACCGUGGUUACCGGAAGCGCUACUAAUUCCGUCACAGGGGUUUCUAGUAGUUCUAACGGCCAAACUUCUGGUACAUAUGCUCCGUUCCCCAUGCCAAAUUCGACAAUCACUUCUGUAGUGGCAUCCGGUUUCACUUCGACAAAACGUGAAACUUCGAUUAGCAACACCGCCUCAACUUCUGUCGAACCUUCUAAUACAACUAUAUUUUCUACUGCUAUAUCAUUUACUACCGGGUCGAGUGCUGGGUCAGCCAGUCGGUCAUCUUUCCCAUCUUCUGGAGAAUCAUCAUCCACUCCUCCUUUCCCCUUGACAAAUACUACAAUAGUACCUAAUCCAACUACACAAUCCAGCGGUACCAUAAUUAAUGGUUCUAACCCCGUGUCGGGUUCUACCAGGACCAGUAGCCUGUCUAGUAUGUCCAGCAUGUCCAGCAUGUCUAGUCUGUCAAAUGGAAUUUCGCGAACAUUGUCUUCAUCACCCUCUGGACAAUCAACAAUGUCGAGCACCCAGGGGACAUCCCAAGCAAUCACCUCCCUUGGUACUGGCGCUCCUGGUUCAACGGCAAAGUCUACAUUAGGUUCUGCGUCGUACCCGCUAUCUAACAGUACAUCCUCCCGUGUACCGGCUCCAAGCUCACUGUCAAGUUUGAGCGAGACUGGAAUCACCUCUUCUCUACCGGUACCGUCAGGAUCCGUUCCAUUUGCAUCGAGUACGUCCAGUACAGAAACAAUUUCGUCAAACACCUCGGGCGGUGAAAGUGCAUCCCCUCAAAAUACGUCGUCUUCGGCUCCAGGUUCUUCUGCAGCAUCGUCCUCUUUAGAUACAUGCACCGAGGUGCCUACCACCAGUCAAGAGCCAGACACAACUUGUUCUGAGAGCGAGACUUCAGUUGUCACAAUUGAUACCACCUGCAGCGAGAGUGCAAUUACUCAGCCAGGUACUAUAACUACAUCAACCUUUUCGUCGAGAAGCGAGACUGCUACCGCAACUGCUACUUCAUUGACAUACCCCACUGUGUCAUGUAACGAAAGCUUGGGUUUCUCAAUGGCGUCUGACACGGAUAACGCUUUAGGUAAGAGACGGGGAGGUGAAAAUGCAGUAAAUCGACGAGUGCUAACGGGUAUAACAGUAAAAGGGAAGUUGUUCAGAGGUAGUGACAGCUUCCCGACUACAUUUCAGACGUCAACCACAACAUCCAUAUCUGGACAAAUCUUGAAUAUCACAAGCGUCCCCGCCGCCGGGCCUAUCGUUGGCACUGCCUCGGUGACUAGUUCAUCCUCAAUGACGGAGAUUCCCCCACCGAUGCCAAAUAACGACCACCAGCGCACUUCCCCAGCCGGUUCUAUACCCAUUGAAUCAGGGGCACGGAGCACAAGACAUCGCGGUGUCACGCCUGCUUGGCGACGAUAUGUCCACAACUUCUUCCGGAAUGGCAACGACGGAGAGAAAAUGGUUAGGAAAGGCGGCGAUGAAGACAUAUAAAUGUUUAAACGUGAUUUGCACAAUGUACCUUUCCAUUUCCUGUGUAUUGAGAUGUUCGAAUAUGAUUUGCCAGGCAGAUUUGGAAUGAUUUGCUUAAUCUUGCGAGUUGUAUGGGAAAGUGGCAAGCCACAAACUAUUUGCUUGAAAAGAGUAACGAAUAUGCGCAGGAAGGAAGUAAAAGAGUAAUGGCAGAAAAUACAGGGCCUAGGCGAUACUGUACCUAACGACAUCCAUAUUGCUUCCUCAAUCCAUCGUAUCUUACUAAUAUCGAUGCUGAUGUUGCGGCUGUUAAUGUUGACUGGGCACCUACAAGUAAAGCGACAGGGCUGGUACUAAUAGGGGAAGAUAGCACCCCGGUGCAUAGGUAUGUAUCUAGGUACCGAUACGUAAGCGGGUAGGGAAAAUGAGGCGUACCUUGUCUUUAUCCCUUAUAAAUACAGCGCUGUACUCGUAAUGCUUUUAUCAAAUACUGCGGGAUCGACACCGUUCAAAUUUUAGAUAUUCUAUUUAUACAUACAUGAUAGAAGACACCCUUCAAUAUUGGCAACUCUGCACGAAUUAAGGCAUCAUUGGGACCCUGCAUCCCGAGAGCCGCGUUGGUAAAGCGUGUCGGUUUCUCGACUACUCGACUUAAUGGGAGAAAAGAGAAAUAAAAAGGUUGACACGGUCCAGCGAGGGUCGAGAACCGACAGAGCCACAUAUCUGGGGGCGGCUGUCGCUAGUCCCUGAGCACGUCAUCGGCUAAAUAUU